UAUCUUGGGCUACCGUGGGUGGAGACCCUGCCAGCAGGGAGAGUGUGAGGGAGAGGGGAGAGCCUGCAGGUCAGGUGAGUCCCUGAGGGGCCGGGCUCUCCAGCUGGGCCCUGCUGGCCAGUGCACAGAAACCCGAGCUUCCAAAAGUCCCCAUCGAACCCCAUCACCACUGACGACUCUUCUGCCUCUGGCUGCUAGGACCUGUCCCAGGUCCCACCUGAGACGCUGAGUGGUCACUCAUCCCGUGACGACUGUCCCCCAUCUUCCCGUCCAGCUCUGAAGCAUGGCAGCUUCCAGGUUGCCCGCGGUGCCUGAGGAGGAGACCACCAUCCUCAUGGCCAAGGAAGAGCUUGAGGCCCUGCGCUCUGCCUUCGAGUCUGGCGACAUCCCUCAGGCGGCCUCUCGCCUCCGGGAGCUGCUGGCCAACUCGGAGAGCACCAGGCUAGAGGUGGGCGUCACGGGCGAGUCGGGAGCUGGCAAGUCCUCGCUCAUCAAUGCCCUGCGUGGCCUGGGAGCCGAGGAUCCGGGCGCCGCUCUCACCGGGGUGGUGGAGACCACCAUGCAGCCGUCGCCUUACCCGCACCCACAGUUUCCCGACGUGACCCUGUGGGACCUGCCGGGGGCCGGUUCUCCGGGCUGCUCAGCAGACAAGUACCUGAAGCAGGUGGACUUCGGCCGCUACGACUUCUUCCUGCUCGUGUCCCCUCGCCGCUGCGGCGCCGUGGAGACCCGCCUGGCCUCGGAGAUCCUGCGCCAGGGGAAGAAGUUCUACUUCGUGCGCACCAAGGUGGACGAGGACCUGGCGGCCACCCGCAGCCAGCGGCCCUCGGGCUUCAGCGAGACCGCGGUCCUCCAGGAGAUCCGGGACCAUUGCGCCGAGCGGCUGCGGGCAGCCGGGGUCAACGACCCCCGCAUCUUCCUGGUGUCCAACCUGUCGCCAGCCCGCUACGACUUCCCGAUGCUCGUGUCCACCUGGGAGCACGACCUGCCCGCCCACCGCCGCCACGCCGGCCUGCUGUCCCUGCCCGACAUCUCGCUGGAGGCUCUGCAGAAGAAAAAGGACAUGCUGCAGGAGCAGGUGCUCAAGACCGCCCUGGUGUCCGGGGUCAUCCAGGCCCUGCCCGUCCCGGGACUGGCAGCCGCCUACGAUGACGCCCUGCUCAUCCGCUCCCUGCGUGGCUACCACCGCAGCUUCGGCCUCGACGACGACUCGCUGGCCAAGCUGGCCGAGCAGGUGGGCAAGCAGGCAGGGGACCUGCGCUCCGUCAUCCGCUCCCCUCUGGCCAACGAGGUCUCCCCGGAGACCGUCCUGCGACUCUACUCGCAGUCCUCGGAUGGCGCCAUGCGGGUGGCCCGGGCCUUCGAGAGAGGCAUCCCUGUGUUCGGCACGCUGGUGGCCGGGGGCAUCAGCUUCGGCACAGUCUACACCAUGCUCCAGGGCUGUCUCAAUGAGAUGGCCGAGGACGCUCAACGCGUCCGCAUCAAGGCCCUGGAGGAAGACGAGCACCAGGCCGAGUUGAGCCUGGAGGCGGCCGGUGACGGUGGCGUGGAAAAGCGGGUCUCCGGGGAGGGAACCAGCGAGGAAGCCCCGCUGUCCACACGCAGGAAGCUCGGCCUCGUCCUCAAGUACAUUCUUGACAGCUGGAAGAGGCGCGAUUUGUCUGAAGACAAAUAAACGCGCAGCCCCCCCAUCCCCCAUCCUGCCCCGCCUCAGCCUCACCCUCACCCGGGAGCCAAGCCCUUAAACAAAAACCAACAUCAACCA